UUUCAUGAUUAUUGACCAUGGAAGUUAGUUUAACUUUUCCUUGAGACUUGCUUGUGGUUUGUGCUUCUUGUUGGUUUUCCAGCAAAGUCAAUAUGCUCAUUGAUUAUCUGAGAUAAUUCUGACCUUAUAUAUCAUCUUUUGUGUUUGAGAACACCAAUAUGAUACUUUUCAUUUUGAAAUCAAUUUGUUAAUUUCAAAAAUCAUCAGUUGAUUCUCAAGUUUUAAUUUUGUUCUAUAUCAUUAAGCACUAAAUACCAUUAUGCAGUGACUUGAACCCUUCUAGUUCUUUAAACCCUCUUAAAAAGCUUUAUUUUGCAUCAGAUGAAGUCUUCCAUCUUGUUUUGGUUCAGUUUAUUACUACAAGAACAUCUAAUUAUAUUGGUUCAAUACAUGUGGUUGGGUGAUAUGGCUGGACUGAUAAGUAAGAUAGACCGUUCAUCCAUGGGUCCUUUGCCUGCAUGCUAUUACUCUACAUUGAAAUCACUUAUCAACAGCAUGUUGAGGGAGAACCCAGAGCAUCGACCAAGAGAUUUGGCAGGACUGAUAAGUAAGAUAAAUGUUCAUCCAUUCGUCCUUUUCCUGCAUGCUAUUCUCUACAUUGUAAGUAUGAGUGUUCUCAAUGCCUUUGAUUUUUUUCUCCUAAUUGUCGUGUAGUAAAUUGUUGACAAGUAGAUAGCCUGAUUGAUGUCUUCUUUGGAAUUCAAUAACAGAAUCUGCAAAAUGUCAUUUUUCUGUAGGAAAUCACUUAUCAAGAGCCGGAUUGAUCUCUUCUUUGGAAUUCAUGAACAGGAUGUGUAAAUUGUCAUUUUUUCUGCAGGAAAUCACUUAUCAAGAGCCCGAUUGAUGUCUUCUUUGGAAUUCAUUACCAGAAUCUAUAAAUUGUCAUUUUUCUACUAGAAAUCACUAAUCAAGAGCAUGUUGAGGGAGAACCCAGAGCAUCAGCCAAGUGUAAGUCUUUCCCAUAUUCUUAACGAUGUGCAAAACUUAUAUCCGUCAUAGAGAGUCUAUCAAAUAAUAUUUAAACCUUAAUUAGGCAUCUGAGAUUUCAAGGCACCCCCAUUUGCAGUCAAUACCAUAUAUCUUUUAAUCCACCUAGUUGUUCACCAGGGAAACCAAUCUCCAUUGCCAGGACCAUCUGAUACUGUAUUCCACCAUAGCAUACACAAACUAAUAAAAGCUUGUCAGAUCAGCGGAAGACUAGGUUUACCUGUGAAUAUUCUCAUAAUACUUGA